AUGAAAGUCACUCUUUUCCUUUGCUUUAUUUCACUUCUCCUUUCUUUCUCAUCAAAACCAACCACUGUCACUGUCGCUGUCACCAUCGGCACCAUAACCUGGUGGUGCCGCCAAACCCCGCACUACAAAACAUGCAACCACUACGUCGCCAGACGCUACAGCUUCACCGCCCCCAUAACGGCUAAACAAUUCCUAGACGUGACCAUACAAUCAGCCAUUGAUGAAGCACGUGCGGCUUGUAACAAAACUCGUGCGAUCAAGUCCACGUAUCCAAAUGUCCCGGGUAAAAGCUUGUGGGGUAGCUGCGUUGACUACUUUGACCGGACCGCGUUCACACUUAACAUGGUCCUAAACCCUCACCAUGACCUCCAACCCACCCCACUAGACGUCCAAACAUGGCUUAGCGCGGGUUUAACCUACAUAACUGUUUGUCACAAAGGGUUCGAGUUGAUUAACAUGACCAACACCAUGUUACCCGUAAUAACUACCAGUUUGACCGAACUAAUAGUCAACUCUUUAGCUAUUAGUGUUACUUUUCCAUCUUGUAAUACUAAUGGGCUUGUUAAUGUGAAUUUUAACGACGAAUACAAGCUUGCUGAUUUGGCGAAUGAAAAGCCCGAUGUUGUGGUGGCUCAACAUGGUUCGGGUGACUUUAAAUCCAUUCAAAAAGCGGUUGAUUAUGCGAUGAUUCACCGCAUGCCCAAAAAGAGGUUUGUGAUUUACGUGAAAGCUGGCAUUUAUAAAGAAUAUGUGGAGAUACCAGAGACAGCUAAGUAUAUCACGAUGUAUGGUGACGGAAUAAAUAAGACGAUCAUAACCGGUAACCGACAUUGUGGUGGUGACAUGCUCAAAACCUCAAAGGUUGGUGACUUGCAGGGAUCAGCAACUUUUAAAGUCUGGAGCCGCAAAUUUAUCGCCCGGGGCAUCACAUUCCGUAACACUGCAGGGCCACAGGGAGGUCAAGCCCUUGCGGUCCUAUCUUCUUCCGACAAAUCAACAUUUUACCGCUGCAGCUUUGAAGGAUACCAAGACACACUUCUUACUAUGGCCUACACGCAAUUCUAUAAAGAAUGCCAAAUCUUUGGAACCGUAGAUUUCAUUUUUGGUAGCGCGAGAGCAGUUUUCCAAGAUUGCAAUAUCUUUUUUCGAAAACCAUUACCAGGAGGCGGGUUAGUAGUAACGGCUCAUGGAAGAAACAAUGAUUACGAACCUACGGGGUAUUCAUUUCAAGGGUGUAUGGUAACCGCCGCACCCGAGCUUAAUCCGAGUAAGCAUACAAAAGCAUUUCUAGGAAGGCCAUGGUUUGGGCUGAGUCGAACCGUUUAUAUGCAAUCUUUUCUUGAUGGGUUGGUGGACCCACAAGGGUGGCUUGAUAGUUGGGGUCACAAGGAUACUGCUUAUUGCGGAGAGUACAUGAAUUAUGGGCCAGGUUCUUCUACUAAUCAAAGGGUCAAUUGGCCCCAUUACCAUGCCAUAACAGAUCCAAAGACAGCUAAGUUUUUCACGGUGGCCCAUUUCAUUUCGGGUUAUAAUUGGCUUCCUAAAACCGGUGUUCCUUUUACAGCAGGGUUUAAAAACCGUUCCGUUCUACUAAAUUGA